AUGAAGUUGGGCAAGUCGAGAGUGAGCAGGCUUGCCGUCAAAGUAUGGAAAUACCAGAAUUUUUCUCCCAUCGAGGUGCUCCUUCAGUAUUGCUUGGUGGUGGCGAUCCUGAAGCUGAUCACCGGCAUCAUCUUCGCCAUCCUUUCUCUCGAAGUCUUUCUUAUGGGUGAGAUGCGGACCUUUUUGUGUCAUAUCUUCGAGCGAAGGCUCAAGUAUAAGCAGGGCCCAUCGAACUUCAUCCGCGGCUCCACGAGGACCAAGGAAGGCGAAGUGCUCGCCAUGAGUUCGCUCACAAGCCGGCGCACUGUCGAGGCGUGCUUGCAAUCUCCAGCUCUGGACCUGAUCUCGGGACUGGUAGUCGUGGUGGAUGUCGGUCUUACGUGCAUCGAUAUUGAUCUCAGAGCAGCUGGGGUCACUGCUCCUACCUGGGCGUUCCUGGCGUGCCAGGGGUGCCUUGCCUUCUAUUUCCUCGAGCUGCUCGCAAAUGCUCUGGUGUAUGGACGGCAAGUGCUUCGCUCUUUCGACUGGUGGGUUGAUAUAAGCAUCGUCUUCGCCUCGGUUACUGAGAUCAUCUUCCUACUAGCUGGUGGUGGCAAUGUCGAAGAGGUGCGGUAUUUCAAGCUCCUUCGCAUCGCACGCAUCAUGCGGCUGAUGCGCUUCAUCCGGAAGUCACCCUCGCUACGAGAGCUACGGAAGCUCAUGAUGAUGUUUGCCAGCGUAAUCCGGACCUUGGCGUGGUCUUUCCUUUUCUGUUUUAUCGCGACAACGCUGUGGUCCAUGGUGGCCGUGGAGCUCCUAAACCCUAUCGUGCAGGAGCUUGCAGAAGAAGGAGCCUGGAGUGACUGCAAAGACUGCAGGGAUGCUUUCAGCACGGUCUUGCAGUCCAACCUCACGUUUCUGAAGACAAUGUUGGCUGGGGACAGCUGGGGACAGAUCGCCCUUCCGGUCAUCCACCGCCAGCCCUAUACUGCUGCCAUCUUUGUCGGUGCCCUCAUCUCCGUGAUGUACGGGAUCUUGAACCUUGUCGUUGCAGUCAUCGUGGAUGCUGCUAUGGAGCAGAGGGAGAAGGACAUCUCGACUUUGGCUGCAGAUCUUGACUACGAGCUCCAAGAAGACAUCAAACUGCUGGGGCAGAUGUUCAAGAAGGUCGACGCAAACGGAGACGGGGAGCUGUCCCUGUCAGAGUUGAUCCAGGGGGCGGAAGAGGUCCCAGAGUUCCAAAACCGACUACGCGUCAUGGACAUCGAUGCCGUGGACCUUGAGCAGCUGUUCCGCAUGCUCGACGAAGACCAGGGAGGCUCCAUUAGCCCUGACGAGUUUCAGAUUGCCCUCAGCCGCUGGAUGAGGGAGUCAAAGACAGCAAACCACUUCGUCAAGUACAUGGUUCGAAACCUGUCGACGAGCCAGGGGCAACUUGCCAAGCAGGUGAGGUCCAUCCGCAAGAACCUGGCAAAGUUGACGAGAGCCGUUGAGUCGUCAGCGCUGCCGUCUCCCUCGUCACCUCUCGAGGGUAAGACAAGCGACGAAUCUACACCGGCAGACGGCAUAAGUUUCCUAGCCUCGCCGGACAAGGCAGAACGGGAAGUGGAAGUCUCAAAUCCUCGCCCGGACCUCUAA